CCACCAUCCAAACGCCCCCUUACUCUCUCCCUCUCUCUCUCAAAACCCCUCAAUCAUAUGAGAGAGAGAUUCUGAAUCUCUAACAAAUUCCCACAGCUCCCAUGUCCGCUCGCCAACAAUAAUGCUCUGCUUUCCACUGAUAUUCCCAUCAAAAUGUCACCCUCCAUUACCAUCUUCGUUUUCCUUUUGCUACUACUCAUUUCAACCACGACCCAGCUCGACUCAACCUUAAAUCUGAGUAACAAAAGCUCAAACCCCAGCAACGGACUCGAAAAAACAAAAUCCAGUGCUGGGUUCGUGAUUAUAAAAGGAAACGAGACGAUUCUUAGCGAGAACAGAACGUUCGAGCUGGGUUUUUUCAAUCCUCAUGGCGAUGAUGAACCCAGAUGGUACCUGGGCAUUUGGUACGCUUCAAUUCCUACGCCGACCUACGUUUGGGUCGCAAACAGGGGAGCUCCGGCGAGGAACUUAUCUUCUGCGGCGGCGGUGAUUACGGCCGAUGGCGAGCUGGCGGUGGAGCUUGGUGGUGGGGAAGUCGUGUGGACGACGGGGAAUGCGGCGGCUAUGGAGGCAGUGGAGGCGAGGCUGUUGGAGGAAGGGAAUCUGGUGUUGGUUGGCGGCGACGGAGGGGUCGUGUGGCGGAGCUUUGAUUUUCCGGCGGACACGUGGCUGCCGGGGAUGAAUUUGACAGGGGAUAGGUUUCUGACGAGUUGGAGGGGGUUUGGUGAUCCGGGGGUGGGAAAGUAUUCUCUGAGGUUGAAGCCGCCGGAGUACGGUGAGGUGGAGCUCGUGUUUGAUGGAACGGAGUCGUAUUGGUCGACUGGGAAGUGGACGGGGAGUGCGUUUGCCGGUGUCCCGGAAAUGACCAUACCCUACAUUUAUAGAUUCCACUUCACCAAUCCGUUCAAACCCACGGCGUCGUUUGGGUACACGGAAACUUCGCUGGAGAGCGGCGUCCGGCCUCCGCUAACCCGGUUCCAUCUGGACACCUCUGGCCAACUCCGGCAGUACACGUGGUCGCCGCAGGCAAAGAAUUGGAACAAGUUCUGGUCUCAGCCGGAGAAUCUUUGUACGGUGUAUGGGCACUGUGGAAAUUUUGGCUUUUGUAAUGCUAGAUUGUUGACUCCUUGUAAUUGCAUUGCUAAUUUUCAGCCGGUUGAUAGCGGUGCAUGGGACUCCGGUGACUUCUCCAGCGGUUGUUGCCCCCAAGAUGCUGCCAAAUGCAGCAGCGAUGAUGGGUUUCAGGAGGUUGGGGCGGUGAGCUUUGACGGAGCUGUUAGCAAGUCGUUUUUAGGGGGUAGGAGUGAGUGUGAUAGCACAUGUUUAAGUAACUGUUCUUGUGUUGGUUUGAUUCACAAUUCAAGGACUAAUUUGUGUAAAGCCCUAUUUGGGUCUCUCUUGAAUCUGAAAAACUUGACAUCUGAUUCCACCAUUGACGAUAUAUUGUACAUUAGGGUUCCAAAAGAAGGUGUAACAAAGAAGAAAAAGAAAAGAACAAUGAUUCUGAUCGGAAAGAUUGGUGGGAUUGUAGUAGUGAUUUCUGCUGUUAUGGUAGUUGCAGCAUUGUUGUUUUUAAGACGGGUAAGGACUAAGAGAGUGAAAAGAGAAAAGGAAGAAGGGGAUGCAGUUUUUCCGGUCACAAAUUUGAAGGUAUUUUCCUACAAAGAGCUUCAUGCCGCCACUAGGGGGUUUUCAGAGAAACUAGGGCAUGGCGGAUUUGGUGCGGUUUUCCUGGGCAAAUUACCGGGUAGUUCUUCAUCUGUGGCGGUCAAGAGACUCGAAAGGCCGGGCGGGGCGGAGAGAGAAUUCCGGGCAGAGGUGUGCACAAUUGGGAAUAUCCAGCAUGUGAAUUUGGUAAGGCUAAGAGGGUUUUGUUCAGAAAAUUCCCAUAGGCUCUUGGUUUAUGAUUACAUGCCAAACGGUCCUUUAAGUAUGUACUUGAAGAGGAAUGGGCAGAAUUUGUGUUGGGAUGUUAGGUUUAGGAUUGCAGUUGGGACAGCAAGAGCCAUUGCAUAUUUACAUGAGGGGUGUAGGGAUUGUAUCAUACAUUGUGAUAUUAAGCCUGAGAAUAUUCUACUAAGUGAAGAUUUUUCACCUAAAGUAUCAGAUUUCGGACUAGCGAAGCUUGUUGGAAGAGAUAUUAGUGGGGUUUUGGCUACAAUGAGGGGCACGUGGGGUUAUGUCGCGCCCGAGUGGAUCUCUGGUGUGGCGAUCACUGCAAAAGCAGAUGUGUAUAGCUAUGGAAUGACCUUGUUAGAAUUGAUAGGUGGGCGGCGUAAUGUGGUGAGGCCGCUGUCGGGUGGUGGAGGAGGUGGCGGUGGAGAGGGGGAGAAGUGGUUUUUUCCACCUUGGGCGGCUAAGAGGAUAAUUGAGGGAGAUGUGGCGGCGGUGGUGGAUGAAAGGCUUGUUGCAGGCGGGUAUGAUGUGGUGGAGGCGGAGCGGGUAGGAUUGGUGGCAGUUUGGUGCAUACAAGAUGAGGAGGGGAUAAGGCCUACAAUGGGAAUGGUGAUGAAAAUGUUGGAAGGCGUGGUGGAAGUCGGUGUCCCACCACCUCCUAAGCUGCUUCAAGCGCUGGUUUCCGGUGAGUCGUUUCAUGGGGUUGGGGCUGAUUCUGGUACUGGGGAAUUGGACAGAGGAAAUUCGGUGGAUUCUCACAAUCAUUCUUCUGCAGAGUAAAUUCUGUCUUUCCAAUUAACAUUUAGCUAACAAGUUUGGUCAGGUAAUCGACUAAAGCACAUUGCAUACAACUUUUUGUUUGCUCAAUUUCAAUAGAUUACUGCAAUUGUUUUGCUACUCUUUUGCACUGAAAUCCUUGCAAUGUGAAUCAGCACUUGAAAUUCUUGCAAUGUGAAUCAUUGGGCAGAUAUGGUAUGGUUGGAAUGUGAACAUUUCCAUGAUCCGAAAA